AUAAAACUAUAAUAAAUAAACAAUCAAACCACCCCUUUUGCCAUUACGCUGGGACUCUAUCAGCCCGCACUAUCUGCAACGGCUCAUCGUCAAGGUUAGUUUUCCCAACGCCCAUAAUUUUCGAUUCUCGAAAACCCAUAAAAUUUUCACUCUUUUUAUUGCUCCUGUUCUAGGCUGGAUUCAAUUUGAACUAUAGGGUUCGCUUCCUGUUUCUUUGUUAGUAUUCGUAGUCAAAUUUUCAUUAUAAUUUGAAUUUUAACAGAGAAUUGGGAGUUUUAGGAGCUAUAAAUAGGGUUUGUUUUUAUUUGAGCUACAUGGAAAUUGUGUUAGUAAGAAGGGGGUUGGAUUUUACUCGAAGAAACAAAAAAUGGAUAAUCUUACUGGGAUUGAUCGGAUGUUCGAGUUAUGGUAUGUACAAAGUGUAUCACAUGCCCUCAGUUGUGAGGAAAAGGAUGAGAAUUGUGAAGCUGUUUGGAGCCAUAAUUUCAAUAGCUGAAAUGGUCUCUGAAUCUUCGGAGACAAUUAGUGUCUUGUCCAAGGAUUUCAAGGAGUUUCUGGAGUCUGAUUCAGAUGAAAUUCCUACUAGUUUGAAGCAAUUGUCAAAGAUUGCUCAAUCAAAGGAGUUUUUGGAGUCUCUGACUCGGGUUUCCCAGGCAAUGACAAUUGGGAUUUUAAGGGGUUAUCGGGUAGGGAGUAGUAGCAGUGAGAUACAAGAACUGGGCAAUUCAAGUUAUUCUGAUCGGGUUAUGGAUAAGUUGAUGUCAACUACUGGGACUGGGUUUAUUUCGAAUAUUGUUGGUAGUUUUGCUAGGAAUUUGGUUACGGGGUUUUAUGCUAAUGGUAAAUCAGUUGAAGGGUUGAAUGAAAAUGAUGACUUGGGUAUGUCGCAUGUUAACUCUAAUUUAUCAGGUCUGCCAAAAUGGGUUGAUGUGGUAUCAGAUGAUAAAUGUAGAAUGUUAAUAGCCAAUUGUAUCAAGACGUUCGUGAGCACUGCAGUCACUGUUUAUCUUGAUAAAACUAUGGACGUUAAUUUCUACGAUGAAAUGUUCUCUGGCCUUACCAAUCCUAAUCAUCGGAAUAAGGUGGUGAAUGGUCAACAGCCAUAUUGCAGCUGCGUAGCUGCCUAUAGUAGAGGCAACUACAUAGCUGCCCCCUUUUACGACCCAACCCAACGGGACAUACGGGUUGGCUCUAGCUCAGCCCAACUUUUCAAAAUGGGGCUCGGUCCUAGUCUUGAACUGAGCCUCAAGUCGGUCAUCAGAGAUAGAGAGAGAGGGGGGUUGGAGUGGGCUGUAGCCCAGCCCCAACCCAAUAGCUAA